AUGUCCGCGGCAUCGAUGGUAUCCGCGUCAAUCUCCCGCGCCCCGACCGCGGCGCGUUCGCUCCGCCGCGCCCGCGCGUCCCCCGCCGCUAUCGAUCGUCGCGCCCCGAAAUUCGCGUUCGCCCCAACGACCCGUUCGGUCCGAGGCUUCGCGCGUCGUCUCGUCGUCGCCGCGGUGGUCGUGCCGCGGAAGAGCGAGGACGCGCCGAAAGGAGGCGAGCGCGCGUCGUCGUCGCCCAACCUCGACGACGUCAUGCGGAACGUCCGCGCGUCGCUCCGGCUCGACGAUCGCGGCGUCGCGAGCAGCGGCAUGACCUGGGGCCACGGCGUCUUUCUCGGCGAUCCCGUGCGUUGGGCGCUUCGGCACGACGCGGGGAGCUUCGCCGAGGAAGCCGCCGGGCCGGACCUCUCCUACGUCUCCACGCACUGCGCCGGCGCGGACGAGGUGUGGGAGACGGACCACACCGGUUACACGCAGGUGGUCCAGCUGGACGAUCACGAGGCGUCGCUGCUCGCCGCGUGGGCGCGGACGGGAUGGUGGGCGCAUCCGGAUGCGAAGCACGACGUGGAGCUCGAGCUCGGCGGCGGCGCGGCUGGCGACGCCGCCGACGACGAGGCGCGCCCCGCGCCGCACGAGUGCGAGGUGACCAUCCGCCUGCGCGCGGGCGGGCUCAUCGUCGCCAGCAUGUACGUCGACACGCGCGAGUGGCUGCCGACCAGGAUGCGCAUGAGGGUGUGCGGCGACGAUGAGAGUUGGUUCUACGAGGAUUGGAAAAACGUCGGGGGAUCGAACGCGUCCGCCGGCGCCGCGAAGCCGUACCCGGCGCUGACGACGCUGAAGGGCGCCGCGGGUGGCACGCAGACGUUCAGGACGGACGGCGCAAGGGCCAACUCCGGGGUCGGGUCGGGGUAUUACCGCAGGCCGGGAACCCUGCCCGGCGACGCGUUUGGCUCGUUCCCCGCGAAAACACAGCUGGCGGCGACGGACGAGGACGGCUUCGACAACGCCGGGAGCGUCCGGUUCGACGCCAAGAAACGUCCGGAGGUUAACAUAGAGGAGGCCAAGUCGUCGCACGUGCUCGUCAGGCCUUUGAUCGACGGCGUGGACGUCGGGCCGUUCAUCUUGGACACGGGCGCGAGCGGCUUGGUCAUCUCGGGCGCCGCCGCCGAGCGCCUGAACCUGCGAAAGUUCGGCGAGGUUUGGGUCAGCGGCGUCGCGGGGAAGGUGCCGUGCAACUUCAGGCGCGGCGACACCCUGGAGCUGGGACCGAUCACGAUCGACGCGCCGGUGUUCAUGGAGAUGUCCGUCGGCGGCAUCGUGAGCGGAUCGUCCGAGCCCGUCGCCGGCAUCGUAGGAUUCGACGUGUUCAAAUCAGCCAUCCUGGAGGUUGGACCCGGGGGAUCGCCCGUGCGUCUGUACGACCCACAAAAGUUCAUCCCGCCGGUGACGUGGGACUGGAAACCCUUGCUGAUGGUGAGCAACGUCCCGCACGUCGCCGCGAGUUUCGCCGGCGCGCCGCGGGGCAAGCCGCAGAUUUUCAUGAUCGACAGCGGCGCGGGUGGCGCGGAUUGCAUCUUCCACGCCAGAGCCGUUCGGGAGAUGAACCUCGAGAAGCUGCUUCCGGGGACCAAACGCGCGUCGAGUCGGGUCAGGGGCGUGGGCGGGAGCGGAGGGGAGAGCAGCGGCGCGACGCGCGCGUACCGCGGGUCCCUCGAUUGGCUCGAGCUGUGCUCCGAGCUUCCGUGCGGCGUGAGCGGCGGGGGGUUCGGGUGUUGGAACGGCUUAGCGGAGGGAGCGGGGGGCGGUGACGCGUUCGAGGAGAACGUCGGCGACGUCUGGGCCAGGGCCGGGACCGGCGCGAUGGGGGGCAGGUUCGAUACCCUCGACGUGCUGCUCGCAUCCGACGCGGGUUUCGACCUCAGCGAGCACAGCUGCGGUUUGAUUUGCGCCAACGCGUUAAACUCGCGGCGGGUGGUGUACGAUUUGCCCAAUCGACGCAUAGCGCUGCUCAAGGAUGGCGUGGACGAGCCGGUGCCGUGCGAGGGUUUGCUGUGCCCCGAGCAGACGUUCGAGGCUGCUUGGGUCGGACCGGGCGAGUGGGAGUUCCAGGAGGACGACGCGCCGGAUGACGAGCUCACGUUUCUCAGCGACGACGAGCUGUGA